CCACCCGCACGCCGACACCUUCUCUCCCCCGCACCUGACCCAACACGACCCAUCGACAAACAACGCUCCCAAGUUCCCAAGCGCCGCAGCCCGCAGCCGAUCCGCUCCACACUAGCCGUUGCCUUUGCCCGGCUUUUCCCCCCCUUUCCUCUUUCCUCUCCCCCCAUCCGCCGCCGCCGCCGCCGCCGCACGGGAGGCAAGAGGAGGAGUUAAGAAGGUGAGGCGGAUCAGGAGAUGGCGUCGAGGACGGCGUCCAAGGACAUCAUCACGCUGCGGGGCUCCGCCGCCAUCGUCAGCGAGUUCUUCGGCUACGCCGCGAACAGCAUCCUGUACAACCGCGGGGUGUACCCGGAGGAGAGCUUCACCAAGGUGAAGAAGUACGGCCUCACGAUGCUGCUGACGCAGGACGAAGGGGUGAAGACCUUCAUCGCCAACCUCAACACCCAGCUCUCAGAGUGGCUGGAGGCCGGGAAGCUGCAGAGGAUCGUGCUGGUGAUCAUGAGCAAGGCCACCUCCGAGGUGCUGGAGCGGUGGAACUUCAGCAUCCAGACCGACCCGGAGGUGGUCGACAAGGGUGUCAUCAAGGAGAAGAGCGACAAGGAGAUCAUGAGGGAGAUCCAGGCCAUCAUGCGCCAGGUCGCCUCCUGCAUCACCUACCUCCCCUGCCUCGACGAGCCAUGCAUAUUCGACGUGCUGGCGUACACCGACAUGGACGUCGCGGUGCCCUUCACCUGGGUGGAGAGCGACGCCAAGCUCAUCGAGAAUCCACAGAUGGUGAAGCUGCAUUCCUUCGACACCAAGAUUCACAAGGUGGACACGCUCGUCUCCUACAAGGUCGACGAGUGGGACGAGGAGUAGAAGCCGCCGGUGGAGGUUGGAGCCAUGAGGAGGAGACCCCCUUGCUAGUUUAUUGCUGCUAGCUUAUUUAGCUAGCUUAGCUUGCUAGGCGUGAUGCUUGUGUGAAUCGUUCGUUCAUUCACGCCCUAGCCCUAUCGGAACUCGUGUGCUCUGGGAGAAUCCCUUUUCUUGUUCUUUACCGCAUUUUGGGAGAAUCGACUGUGUAUCGCUGCUUCACCAUGAUUUUUUUUUCCUCAGCCUUUGAAAUCCUGGGUUGAAAGUACCACUGGAGUUGAAUGCAUCGUGAUCGUGUGCCACGAUUUCUUCA